AUGGCUCGACGACCAGCCACGCCCCUCGACACGCUGCCACACAUCCUCAACGAUGUGAUUGUCACCACGGGCAAGGCGUUCAAGGCUGCGAGACGCGACGGCAAGGGGAGUUCCGCCGAGGCAUCUGCGUCAUUGGAAACGCGGAUUCCCGCGGCCGUCGAGAAGUUCAAUUCCGUCUUAGAUGACCUAGAAUGCGACAUUCUCCGGGCCAAGGCCGUGCUCCUCCGGGAUCUCAACCAACUCAGAGCCAAACACAAUCCGCCUCCAGCCGAACAGAAGCCGGUUGCUCCACCGGCACCCAUGGUAAUCGACUUGGAAUCCCCAGAGUUGUCUACGAAGGAGCCACCCGCUGGCCCGCCGGGGCCUUCUUCAACAGGGCCGCAAGUCAACAAGCCGGUUGCGCCGUUCCCUAACAUGGGCUUCGAGAGCACAUCGCCCGAGAUCGCGCCAGCCCCGUCCCCCAAGACGGCCCCCAAGCCGAAGGAGACCAAAAACCUCAACAACCCGGCUGCGCCCGCCGCCGCCGCCGCCGCCGCCGCCGCCACCAGACCGACCAGCGCCCCGCCCAAGAAGGACGUUAAGGUUCCGGCCCCUCAAGUAGCGAGACCGAGCAGCGUGGCUACAGCUCCGCAAACCCCGCAGAACCCUGCAGCACAAACUAGAGCACCCUCCUCUGUUCCGGCGCAGAAUAGACCAGCAGCCGCGACGGCGGCAGCAAACAACCCCGCCGGGCCGGCUGCUGCCGUGCCUUCGGCUCCACCGCCGGCCGGAAACGGAAGCUUGUUCACCGACAUGACCUUCUCGCUGGCGCCUCCGCCCGGCGACGCACAAGGGCCAAAGCAAGCAGCGCAAGCGCCGAGGAUGCCCUCACAGCCGCAAGCCCAACCGCCGGCGGCGGCGGCUGAUGCUCCAACGAGUGUCGGCGCCGCUGUCCAGCUGCCGGGGGCCACCGCCACCAGCACGGAGCAAACCACGGGGGGAGCUCCGGCGGGUGGCGCGGCCAGCACGGAUCUCGGCGUCCGGACGGAACAGCCGGGCGGCGAGGACACCAGCAUGGCGGACGCCGACGCCAAGAUCGACGGGCUCUUUGAUCUGGGACCCACCGACAUGGAGGACAUCAAUCACGACUACGACUUUGGGAACGGGGACAACAGCAACUUCAACGACAUGUACUUCGCCACUGGCGACAGCGGCGGCGGGGCGGAGGACCUGGACGAUGCGUUCUUCAAUCUCAACGGGUGA